AUGAGGGAGGUGGAGAAUGGGCUGGUGGAGUUCACUGCUGUGAAUGUCCUCUCGGAUAAAAGUAAAACAUGCUCUUUCUUUUCAACAGGAAAAAGAGUACAAGAAUGGAUCUCUGUCAUCUUAUGCUUCUCUCUGAUCGGUUUCAAUUUUUACAAUCUUCUCUUCUACUUGCGACUGGAACACACGCCCUCCAUUAUUGUCGGGAUAUUUGCAGGCGUUAUUACAGCUGAUUUUCUAUCAGGAUUAUUUCACUGGGGAGCAGACACCUGGGGAUCUGUGGAACUACCCAUAGUUGGAAAGGCUUUCAUCAGACCAUUUAGAGAACAUCAUAUUGACCCCACAGCAAUUACCAGACAUGAUUUCAUAGAGACCAAUGGAGACAACUGCCUUAUGACAUUAGUCCCAUUGGCAAACAUGGCAUACAAAUUUGUUUCUUUUUCCCCAGAGGCAUUAUAUGAAACAUGUCCUUGGGAGUGUUAUGUCUUUGCCCUGAUCAUCUUCAUAACCAUGACGAACCAGAUUCACAAGUGGUCUCACACGUACUUUGGUCUUCCUCGUUGGGUCAUCUUUCUACAGGACUGGCAUGUUAUCCUGCCACGGAAACACCACAGGAUCCACCACGUGUCUCCACAUGAGACGUAUUUCUGCAUUACCACUGGAGUAAAAGUUCCUCGUAAUUUUCGUCUGUUGGAAGAACUUGAAGAAGGUCAAAAAGGAGUAGGUGAUGGGACAGUUAGCUGGGGUCUUGAAGAUGAUGAAGAUAUGACACUCACAAGAUGGACAGGAAUGAUUAUUGGGCCUCCAAGAACAAUUUAUGAAAACAGAAUAUACAGCCUUAAAAUAGAAUGUGGGCCUAAGUAUCCAGAAGCACCUCCAUUUGUAAGAUUUGUAACAAAAAUUAAUAUGAAUGGAGUAAAUAGUUCUAAUGGAGUGGUGGACCCCAGAGCCAUAUCAGUCCUAGCAAAAUGGCAGAAUUCUUAUAGUAUCAAAGUUGUUCUGCAAGAGCUUCGGCGUCUAAUGAUGUCUAAAGAAAAUAUGAAACUUCCUCAGCCACCUGAAGGACAAUGUUACAGCAAUUAAUUAAAAAAAAAAAAAUCAUGUUCCCCCCUUACUCAAUUUAAGCUGUCUUCAUUUUCCACAGUAGUAAAUUUUCUAGAUGCAUCUUGUAGACCUCAAAAUACUGGAAAGGAAGUUCCCAUUCAAAGGAAGUUUUUCUUGAGAUACUGUAAAUGAUACUAAUUUUUUCAUUUGAAAUACAAGUUGUGCUAUAACAAAUAAUCCUGUUGUGUAACCACUGUCCACAUAGCUGAACUUCUGGUAUCAGGAAAAGUCUAUUUAAAUUUAUUACUGUCAAGACCAGUGUGGCACAUCUAACUUAACUGUGAAAGCAUACAUCCCACAAUCACCUUGCUGUGUGUCUGGCCUGGGUUUUUUCUUUCUGUCUUUUGCAAUAGAGUCGAAGCUCAGGGCUAUUUAUUAGAGUAGACACAAAGGUUUUAGCUUCCAGUACUACACUGGGCUUUAUGGACUACUAAUGGGGAUGUGUGCUAACCUCAGUCAUCCCUCCCUUUGUGCUAUCUCUAGUAAAGGCUGAAUGUGACUGUGGUCAUUUUUGUUUUUGUAUUUUUUUUUUUUAAAUGCCCUGAUAAUAUGGGGCAAGCUUUCCUUCUUCCCUUUGGCCAAGGCGUAGAUUGUAUUUUUCUUCCUGGUCUCCCUCACCAGUAACGUGGGCUUUGGGUGAGGGAUUCAGGGUUCUUUUAAUCUCUUUUCUCUUCCCCUCUUUACAGUGGGGGUGCUGCUUUCUUUUUGCCCCUUUUUGUGACUCUUCUCACCCCUGGUCAGCAGGGGUAAGUGUUGGGGCAAUAACUUGACCUGUUCCCUCAUGCUUAUCCGUUUUGGUUUUGCGACAAAUUUAGUCUGCACCAGCCUGGGAAACGAGUAUCUCUUCUGCUGGCAAACUUGGAUUUCCCCUGCCCUCUGGCACUGCUGCCACACCGCCAAGCUGGCCACGGCUGAUGUUAUUAGAUAGGCUUUUGACAUGGCGAAAAGAGCAGUAAUUUACCAGGAUUGCUGAAAUCUUCUGCUGCCAAACUUUAAUGGGGAACCUGCACAUAGAGAUUCUAAAUACACACUCCAGUUCAACUAGUUACAUGUCAGUGCUUCAGAUUGACCCAAGAAUGUUAAUUAACUAAUGCACUUAUCUUUUGCCCUUCUAAAGAUGUGACAACCACAGACAAAUCAAGUCAGCCUAGAUUUUAUUAGGAUUCUUUAAGUUUUGGAAGAGAAAACGCUUCAAUGAAGACUUUUGGGAAGUGGUGUAUACAGCAGAUUAAGGACCUUUCUUGGCUUUGCGUCCUGGCAAAUCACUGCCUUUUCUGUUUUACUGUUUGGACCACUAAUUGCUGAAAUGUGGAUGCAAGCUUAAAUACAAACAACCUAAUGUGUCCUCAGUUUUAUGAAAAAUUCAGUGUUUGUGUAAGGAAAAAAAAAAAAGAAAAAAGAAAAAUAAACACAUUUUAAAGCAGCAGCUAUCAAGUCAAAGAACAAUUGAUGUUUCCAUUAACUUUUAAGGAAAAUAUUAGUUGUAAGGAUUUAACAUCCUCUGUAAUUAAAGUUUAACAUAACAGUAUUCCAUAAGCAGCCUUACCAUUGUAUCAGACCAUUGCCUGAUUUUAAUAUAAUAAAAAGUGUGCAUUAAUAUUA